AUGUCUUACACGCACUGCCCGGUCUCCACAUCUCCUCCUCCGAUGGAUUUCACAGUACUCCACGAGAUCAUGCGUGACCACAUACGUCGAGGAAACCACUUUGCAGUUUUGGGAAUACUGGCCCUCACUGUCGUUCAUGAGGAUCCAGCGUUUUGGCAGACGUGUACAUAUCACGAUGGAAUCGCGUCCGCUGUAAUUGCCACGUGCGUUGGAAACGACGGAGUAAAAACACAUCCCCCGCAGGAAAGCAGAUGCCAGACAGAGGAGAUCGCACCAAAUUUGAAUCAAGAAUUUUUGACAGAGAACGAGCUUUAUCUUAUGCUGCGACGAGUGUGCGGUAAAGACCCCCUUCUUUGCCGGGUCAUUCAUCAGUUGGAAAUGGAUCCAGUCAAGGAGAACAACACCAGCAACGGCAGCAGCAAAGAGCUUGAUGCAGCUGUCUCCGUUCCGUCCGCAGCGAUGCGGGUGAAUUUGGAUGAGGUAUUUGCCGUACUACAAGAGCGUUUUCGCAGCCUUGAUGAGCGGAGAAGCCAAUCGCAAGGAACAACUAUCCCUCCGGCCACCAUCGGUCCCCAGGCGUUGAAGCGGGCACGUGAAUCGGAUGUCUCCGAGGAAAAUUUGGGUGUUAUUGCGACGGAGUCGGCUGCAGUUGCCCCUUCAAAGAGCCGUUAUCUUGAACCCGUCGACGGUGUUGAUGGGGACGGGUGUAGCGAUGCGUUGGAGGUUUUGGCGCAUAUACAUGCAUUGCCCGGUACCACUUGUGCCCUGAACUCUUUUGAUGCCGUGGCGGGUCUUGUGGACGACGGCGAACGAGAAGGGCUUGAAUCCCACAGUUCUAGACAACAGGGUUUGGAACCCAAAGGAACUUCUAGGAAUGAUAUUGCCCCUGUUGGGCUGCGUCCAAAGCAGCGACGGCAUAAGUUUACCCCUGAAGAGGACGAGGCAAUACUGCAGGGGGUGGCGCGUUUUGCAAAGGGGCCUGGAAGGUUCGAAAGUAUACUUUAUGCCUACCGUGGCGUGUGGCAUCGUGACCGGACAGCAACGCAGCUGCAUGAUCACUGGCGGGGAACUUUGCGGCAACGGGCUGUUCUUCAACAGGGAGGCUAUCGGGGCAAAAACAGCAUUGCGACACGUGGGGGUAAAAGCGAAAUGGAAUAA